GUCCUAAGCAAUAUAGACCCGGACAGGACAGCACGCAUGAGUGUUUAAAGAGACCGACAAGCUGACUGAACACACUGUUCCGGUGGAAAACAGUUUGAUUUAUAUCUGUAUAUUCCGUUUUGUGAUUUUAUUUUAUUCUGUUUCACUGAUAUGGAAAAAGAAACCGAGAGAAACAUGAUGACAGAGUUCUGGAAGGAACACUCCAAGUCUGCAACAGUAGAGGAGAUGAUGCUUGAUUCAAACGCUCAGGAACUGACCCAGCACGAGCUGCCAGAGAUCCUGUCCCUGCUCCCUUCUCUGGCUGGUUCUGACGUGCUGGAACUUGGUGCUGGAAUCGGUCGGUUUACACGUCACCUCAUUGGCAAGGCCCGUCACGUGACCGCUGUGGACUUCAUGGAGAAAUUUGUGGAAAAGAACAGAAAGGACAACAGUCACCUGGGCAAAGCUGAAUUCAUCCAAGCUGAUGUCACAAAGCUGGACUUCCCUAAACACAGUUUUGACGUGGUCUUCUCUAAUUGGCUGUUGAUGUAUCUGAGUGAUCAUGAGCUGAAGUCAUUGGCUGAGAAGUUCCUCAUGUGGCUCCGUCCCGGGGGAUACCUGUUCUUCAGAGAGUCCUGCUUUCACCAGUCAGGUGACUGCAAGAGAGAUUUUAACCCCACACACUACAGAAGCCCUGCUUACUACAACCACCUAAUGACCUCAUUCCUGCUGGAUGAAUCAGAUCAGACAGAGAAGAAAUGCUACGGGUUUGACAUGGUGCUCAAUAAGACAGUUGAGACCUACGUGAAGAUGAAGAACAACCAGAACCAGUUGUGCUGGCUCAUGCAGAAAGUUCGUCGUGAUGUGGUACAGCAGCAUCAGGGCGGCUUUUCCACAUUCCAGGAGUUUCUAGAUAACCAGCAGUACACCAGACGAGGAAUCUUACGUUAUGAGAAGAUGUUCGGAUCAGGAUACGUCAGCACAGGCGGAUUCAGCACGACCAAGGAGUUUGUUGAUAUGCUGAACUUGACCGCCGGACAGAAGGUUCUUGAUGUUGGCUGUGGGAUUGGAGGUGGAGAUUUCUACAUGGCCAAGACCUUUGGGGUUGAGGUUCUGGGCAUGGAUCUGUCAUCAAACAUGGUGGAGAUCGCCAUGGAGAGAGCCGUGAAGGAGACACUGCCAUCAGUGCAGUUCGAGGUGUCAGAUGCCACAAAAAGAAGGUUUCCUGACGCCGCGUUUGAUGUGGUUUACAGCAGGGACACCAUUCUGCAUAUCAGGGAUAAAUUUGACCUCUUCAGAAAGUUUUACUCAUGGCUAAAGCCGGGCGGGAAACUUCUGAUCAGUGACUACUGCUGUGGAGAGAAGCCUUGGUCUCCAGCGUUUCAGGAUUACGUUAACCAGCGGGGAUAUAUCCUCUACACACCUCAGAGAUACGGACAAUUCCUGAGCGAGGUGGGAUUCAGUAAUGUUCGUGCUGAGGACAGAACAGAGCAAUUUAUUAAAGUCAUAAAGGCUGAACUGCAGAGAGCAGAGGAGAUGAAAGAGGAGUUUAUACAGGAGUUCUCUCAGAAAGACUAUGAUGCCGUUGUAAACGGAUGGACAGAAAAACUGCAGCGCUGUGAGACUGGAGACCAGCGCUGGGGGCUUUUCUAUGCCACCAAAGAAUGAGAGAGAGGAAUAAUCCAACUAAUGAUUCAAUUCAAAUCAAUAUAUUUCAGAUGAUAUAUUAAACUCACUGUUCUGUCUAAUUCUGUGAAUUGCACAACAGUGCACAAGAUUUGAGUAUCAGAGCUGUAAGACCGACAUACUGUUAUGCAGCAUAAAUAAAUAAAAUUCUACUUUUCUAUAUUA